AUGACACCAGAAGCACUUAUAGGUACCAAUGUCAAAAUCGCCUUGAAGGAUAAUCGUGUACUAGAUGGUGUGAUAACGGUGGUGGAUCCAUUUGGAAACAUUCUCUUGUCGAAUGUAUGGGAAUCAUCCAACGAUAAAAUUGAUCCAGAAACUUUGCACACACGAGAAUUGGGGUUGGUGAGUGUUCCUCGCAACACAAUCGACGAGGUGUUUAUGGACAAACGUAGCUACGAACAGUGUAAUAUAUGA